GGGGAAAAUGGGGAGCUGGGGAAGGGGACAGCCUGAAAGUUCAAAUUUGCCAAACUCCUCUGUUUGGCUUCCGCCAGUUGGACGCAAUACAAAGGCCGUCAUCGAAACCCGAACCAUUUCCCAGACUUCGCAUUUCGCCCCUCUAAAUACUGUUUAAUAAUCCAAAUUCCCUUCUUUUCCGUUUUCCCUCUCUUUCAGUUUCUAUUUCCCUUCUAUCAUAUUAUCAUCUCUUCUUCUCUGACGCCUCCACACAUCUCCACCAGGCGGCUGGAUUUAGAGCUCGUUUGAUAAUGGACUCUGUAACCAUGAACUCAGAACGUAGGCCAUUUUCUAUCAAAUUGUGGCCUCCUAGUGAAAAUACUCGGAAAAUGCUUGUGGAGCGGAUGACAAAUAACCUAACCAGCAAAUCCUUUUUCACCCAAAAAUAUGGCACUCUUAGUCAGGAAGAGGCUACAGAUGAGUCAAAGAAAAUUGAAGAUAUUGCUUUUGAGACAGCUAAUCAGAAUUAUGAAAAGCAGCGGAAUGGUGAUGGGGGUGCUGCUGUGCAACUCUAUGCCAAGGAAUGCAGCAGGCUUCUUCUUGAGGUUCUUAAGAGAGGUCCUAAAGUUGAGGCAGACAAGGAGGCUGAAUCUGAUAUCACUAGUGCUCGUGAAAUCUGGUUUGACAUCUCAAAAGGUCGACGAGCCUUUAUCGAGGCAGAGGAAGCUGAAGAACUUCUAAAGCCUUUGAAAGAGCCAGGGAAUUCUUAUACCAAGAUAUGUUUCAGCAACAGAAGCUUUGGUUUAGGAGCAGCUCGUGUUACUGAGCCCAUUCUUGUGUCCCUCAAGGAUCAAUUAAAAGAAGUGGAUCUCUCUGAUUUUAUUGCAGGAAGACCAGAGUCAGAAGCUCUAGAGGUCAUGAAAUUGUUCUCUGAUGCUUUGGAAGGCAGCAUCUUGAGAUCCUUGAACCUCUCAAACAAUGCCUUAGGUGAGAAGGGUGUUAGAGCUUUUGGCUCUCUCUUGAAAUCACAGUCUUGUUUAGAGGAGCUAUAUUUGAUGAAUGAUGGAAUUUCCAAGGAAGCUGCUCAGGCGGUAUCCGAGUUGAUUCCUUCAACAGAUAAGCUUAGAAUCCUACAUUUUCAUAAUAACAUGACUGGCGAUGAAGGUGCUUUUGCUAUCGCCGAAGUUGUAAAGCGUUGUUCUAUAUUGGAAGAUUUUCGUUGCUCCUCUACAAGGAUAGACAUUGAAGGGGGUGUUGCCUUAUCUUUAGCACUUGGGACUUGUACCGCAUUGAAGAAACUUGACCUUCGGGACAACAUGUUUGGAGUGGAAGGUGGAGUUGCUCUGAGUAAAGCCCUUUCACAUCAUGCAGAGCUCAAGGAGCUGUAUUUGAGUUACCUGAACUUGGAAGAUGAAGGUGCAAUUGCCAUAGCCAAUAUACUAAAGGACACAGCUCCUGCACUUGAAGUCUUGGAAAUGGCUGGAAAUGACAUUACAGCUGAAGCUGCUUCUGCAUUAGCUGCUUGCAUAGCUCAAAAGCCCCAUCUGACCGGCUUAAGUUUGGCCGAGAAUGAACUGAAGGAUGAAGGAACUAUCCAGAUCAGUAAGGCGUUAGAAGGUCUCAUCAAAAUAAAGGAAGUUGAUUUAAAUACUAACUUAAUUAGGAGAGCUGGUGCUCGGGUUUUAGCUCAAACUGUGGUUCAGAAGCCUGGUUUUCAACUGCUGAACAUCAAUGGAAAUUUCAUUUCUGAUGAAGGCAUUGAUGAGUUGAAGGAUAUUUUCAAGAAAUUUCCAAAUAUGCUUGGGCCCUUGGAUGAAAAUGAUCCCGAAGGGGAAGAUGGCAACGACGAGGAAUCUGUAGCAGAUGACGACGACGAGGAUGAAUUGGGAUCAAAACUAAAGAACCUUGAAGUUAAUCAUGAGAACUAGAGAGGUUCUUUAUUUAUGAGCCUCUUUGAUUUAGGCUAGUUGCGAGAUUUGUCUCUCAGACUUUAGUAUUUGAAGAGAGGCAUAUGUUGUUUUAGUUUUGGAUUUUUAGUAUAUUUCGAGCAUUGAAACUAGUUUAACAUCGAUCGACUAGAACAUCGACAAAAUUCCUAUGGGCAUCAUGGUAAUAGAUUGACUGUAGUUGUAGGAUUUAUUUUGCUUACUAGGAAUUUUUGCAAUGAACUGGAUCUGCAUCCUUUGUUGUCAGUGACUCCACCCUUGACCCCCCCUUUUGAGGGAGGAAUAGUUGAAUGAUGAAUCUUGCUCUGUACUUGAUUGGGAGAGCUUAAAAAGUUUGUUUGUAUUGAUUGGAGCAA